AUGGGCAGCAUAGCAAUUACGCCCGGCAAUCCUUUCCAAGAUAUCCCGGAUGCCAAACUAGACGGUCUCGCAACCCUCGUGGGCCAAUUCAGGGCCGAUACCGACCCAAACAGAGCUGAUCUCCUAGUUGGUGUAUACAAGACCGACGAGGGUAAAGCAUAUAACUUACCCAGUGUGACUGCGGCGAAAGAGAGGAUAUUCAACGACCCAAACUGGCACCAUGAAUACCGGCCCUCUGCCCUCGGCACUCCGGGCUACAGAGAUCUCAGCGCAAAGCUCCUCUUCGGCCCUGACCACCGCCUCCUGAAAGAAAGACGGAUCGUCACAGCCCAAACCCUCGGUGCAAGCGGCGGCUGCCACACCGGCGCCGUAAUCCUGCGCCAGCACUACGCGCCCUGGAAACAGGGCCUCCAGCCGGAGAUCUUCCUCCCACACGAGACCUGGCUAAACCACCCCUACGUCUUCGAAUCCGCCGGCAUAAAACCCACCUCCAUCCCCUACUUCAGCGCCCACACCAACGCCUUCGACUUCGACGCUUUCACCGCCGCCCUGACGUCCCUCCCCGCUCACUCCGUCGUCCUCCUCCAAUCCAGCGCCCAGAACCCCACGGGCGCAGACCCCUCCCCGGCCCAAUGGGCAGCGCUGGCCGACCUCUUCAUUCGGCGGGGCCACCUCGCCUUCUUCGACGCCGCGUACCCGGGCUUCGCAUCCGGCGAUAUCGACACCGAUCUCGCGGGCGUGCGACUAUUCGCGGAGCGCGAGAUCCCCUUCGUCUUUGUGUCGACGUACGGGAAGGCGUUCGGGCUGUAUAGUGAGCGGGUGGGGGUGAUUUCGGUGCUGGUGCCGAGCACGGAGGUGGGGGCGCGGCUGGAGACGCAGCUGCGGCUGCUCGCGCGGGCGGAGUCUGGAUCGCCGCCGGAUUUUGGGGCGAGGGUGGUGGAGACGGUGUUGGGCGAUGGAGAGCUGGAGAAGCAGUGGAGGGACGAGUUGCGGGGAAUGGCGGGGCGGUUGAAGGCCCGGCGGAGGGCGCUUAGGGAGGGGUUGGAGGGGCUGGGGACGCCGGGGAAUUGGGGGCAUAUCACGGAGCAGAAUGGGAUGUUUUCGUAUGUUGGGUUGUCGGUGGAGCAGGUUGAGCUGUUGAGGAAUAAGUAUCAUGUUUACCUGCAGGAUACGGGGCGAAUAUCGAUUGCGGGACUGAAUGACUUCAAUCUCGGUCAUACGAUUCGCAGUAUUAGUGCUGUUGUCAAAGAGACGAGAGCAUCGUCUUAA